AUGUCUUUACAAAAGCUCAGGAAACAGAGCAGCAAUGGCAAUUUCAUGGAGUACUGUGCUGGUCCAGGGCAUAGCUCUUACUCCACACUCACAGGCAGUUUUACUACGGAUGAUGACAAGAGAAGGCUUCAAAUGCUGGCAGAUACUGUGGCUACUUUGCCUCGGGGAAGAAAGCAGCUUGCUCUGACAAGAUCAAGUUCUGUAGGUGACUUUUCCUGGUCUCAAAGAAAGCUUGUUACUGUGGAAAAACAAGAUAAUGGAACAUUUGGAUUUGAAAUUCAGACUUACAGGCUCCCAAACCAGAACACCUGCUCCACAGAUAUGUGCACCCUGAUCUGCAAAAUCCAGGAGGACAGCCCAGCACACUGUGCUGGCCUGCAAGCUGGUGAUGUCCUUGCAAAAAUCAAUGGUGUGAGCACAGAAGGCUUUACCCACAAACAAGUUGUUGACCUGAUCAGAUCGUCAGGAAACCUGUUAAUGAUAGAGACUCUUAAUGGAACAACGAUUCUCAAAAGAACAGAGCUUGAGGCAAAGCUGCAAGUUUUAAAGCAAACCUUGAAGAAGAAAUGGGUGGAGUUCAGAUCUCUGCAGUUACAGGAACAGCGCCUGCUUCAUGGUGAUGCAACUAACUGCCCAAGUUUGGAAAAUAUGGACAUAGAUGAAUUCACACUGCUUGGACCCCUGCCUGGCCCCGCCCUCCUGGACCGGAAUCGAUUAUCCAGCGCAAGCAGUUGUAAGAGCUGGCUGAGCUCCAUGACGAUAGACAGUGAGGAUGGGUACCAGACCUGUGUGUCUGAAGACUCCAGUCGGGAAGCCUUCAGCCGCCAGACAAGCACAGAUGAUGAGUGCUUUGUCCCCAGGGAAGGAGAUGAUUUUCUGAAGAGGUCUUCUUCGAGGAGGAAUCGGAGCGUUAGUUCUGCCAGCAGUGGGUCCAUGUCUCCUUUGUGCGAAGGUAACUUCUCAGGCAUGUAUGGGACCCUGCCCAGGAAAAGCAGAAGGGGAAGUGUCCGGAAACAGCUGUUGAAAUUCAUCCCAGGCCUUCACCACGCUGUGGAAGAGGAAGAGAGUCGCUUUUAA